AUGACGACUGAGUCACAGGAGGAGUACUAUCCAGUGGCCGUACUCAUUGAAGAACUGCGCAAUGAGGAUGUACAGUUUCGUCUGCACAGCAUUCAAAAGCUUUCCACAAUCGCCUUGGCCCUAGGAGAGGAAAAAACACGCACCCAGUUGAUUCCUUUUCUCACAGACUCCAUCUACGACGUAGACGAAGUCAUGGUGGCCAUUGCGGAACAGCUCGGCGACUUUGUGCGUUAUGUUGGCGGAAAGGAUCAUGCUCCCGUCCUGAUAGCUCCUCUGGAGAGCCUUGCCCUCGUAAGUUAUUGUCUGUUACUUUAUGCGCAUUUCAUCGCACAGCCACCCCGGCGUCACUGUUGCGCAAGCACUAGGCUACUAAUCCGAUAA